AUGAGAACUUCUUCUCUUCUUGGUUGGUUCUUGAUCAUCUCCCUCUUGCUACUCUCUCAAUCCCUCAUAAUUUCUUCCGAAUAUCAUGAACAGAAGAUCACUCCUUUGGGUCGGAAACUAGUUGAACAUGAAGAGAACGCCGAUGGGUCUCAGUCUCACGGUCAUCACCAUGACAAUCUUCGAGUUUUUGUGAGGAAAAGCAAAUCUAAGAAGAAGAAGAAGAAGGACAAAUCAUCGGCUACUAGAACUCUUCUCUCUAACCCAUUUACUUAUCUAUCUACUGUCGCGAGUUCCUUUGUUUUAAUGCUCGCCGCAUUCUAA